AUGAACGAUACCAUCGUUUCUCCACGAGAUAUAAAUCAAGAGUUAUGCGAUGAGCACCGGUAUUACUCGCUAACAAUCAUGCUGAACACCGAUAUGAGCGGUCACUGCGAUCCCAGUGCAGAUCAAACUGCUUUCCAGCCCUACCUUCUCAAUGAAAAUGAAGACAACAAAAGUGUUAAAACAGUCAAAACUGUCUCCAACUCCAGACUCAACGAACACACCAUCGAAAAGCUUCUCAACUCUCCGUCGACCUCCUCGUCAAGUAUGUCACCCCUCACCACAACUAAUCCAUUGCCAUCAUCUGUGGUCUUAAGUCAAUUCAGCAAAUCUCAGCUCCCCAUCGAUAUCAUAGCCCAGACAUUAUGGUUACAACACCAGCAGUUGCACCACAAACUGAACUCAACUAAUAAUCUAGCACUAUUUACUUUAAACGGAAAAAGUUUGCGCUUUUCGUUGCGCUCUAUUGGAGCCAAAGAUGAUAACAGAGUGAUAGUGAGGUUUAGGGACGCUUUCAAAGCCCAUAGCCUUAAGGCAAACGUGUAUCGCACGCGCCUAUACUGGCAGCGCUUUAAAUGUUUCCGGUGCUCUAAUUUGCAAGAUUUCACUCACUCUGAGGUAUUUCCGGCUCUGAUUUACUUUAAACACUAUAAUAAGCAUCUGUUGAAACUGAGCCAAAGUCCGGCACAGUUGCGGAGAUAUCUAUUACCACAACAGCGCCAAAAUCGCGGACCACGGCGUCAGAGGACAACCUUCACACACGAACAGACACUCCGACUUGAGAUGGAAUACCACGUGAGUGAAUAUAUCACAAGAGGGAAACGCUUUCAAUUGGCCGAACUGCUCGACUUAAGUGAGAAUCAGAUCAAGAUUUGGUUUCAAAACAGACGGGCGAAAGACAAACGCAUCGAGAAAGCCAUCGUUGAACAGCAAUAUAGGUCUGUAUUCAUCACCAUUUCAUCACAGCAUCCAAUGAGCUCUCAAUCCCUUCCAUUGCUUUUCAUACAGAUAUCUGUCGAGUCCCACAUUCACCCAACACUUGAAUGUGUCCAACUGCUCCACUUAGUAACUCCACCGGCACCACCACCGCCGCCACCACAACCCAAUCCUCCAAGUAGUCCCAUAACAGAUGAAAGUAGGUUGGUCACUAUUGAUAGCACACCUCCUAUACCCCCUGCGUCUCCUAAAGGAGGCACGUUUGCCACCACUCCAGUCACAGUUCCCGACAAUCCGUCAAUGGGUAGACCAGUUCCCGAUAAUCCUGGAAGGCCACCACCACCAGUAGCAGAAGCACUAUCACCACCACCACCUAAUCCACCUAAUCCGCCACCACCUCUACCACCUCCAGCACCACCACCUCCACCAGCUAAUCCACCUAGUCCACCUAGUCCACCUAAUCCACCCAAUGCACCUAAUCCGCCACCACCUCCAUCACCGCCACCUCCUAAUAGAUUUCCGAUUAGAGGUAUAAACAAGAAUAAAUAA